AUGAGUGACCCUGCAUCAUCCGUUUUCAACUUGCGUGUCGUCGGGUAUGUUGAAGUCGUCAGCGCCACCCUCCUCGGCUAUGAGUGGGCAAUACUUCUAGAUCAGGAGGUGUCGUUGAUAUGGAACUCUCCUUGGAACCUGUCAAAAAUAUUGUACCUCCUGAGCCGCUACACCCCCGUUCUCGACAUGAGCCUGUCGAUGCAACACGUGCCAUGCAACUUACGAUGCCGCAACAGUCUCUACAGGCAUCGGAAUAGCAACAUCGGAACAAAGAUACUUUCAAGCUUAGGCUCUUUAUGGAUUAUCUGGGUUUGUGUUAACAUUUGGGUCCUCGUAAAAUUUAUGGACUCUCUGGUCUUUGCCGACCCCCCCUCGGCAUUGAUACCUGGAUGUUAUCUGGCUAACGGAGACCCAAUUGUCUUCGUAUCAUUUGCUUCCUUAUUGUUUGUUGAAACAGUGAUCGUGAUCCUUACCGUCUAUAAGGGGUUCCAAUUAACGCAUCAAUCUAAGAGCCCUCUGCUCCUCACCCUAUACCGCGAUGGCAUCGUUUUCUAUCUCUGUCUCUUGCGUAUGUCUUUCACAGAGUAUGAUUCGAUCAUACCGGCAGCAAUCCUAAUGAUGACUUCUGCCUUGUAA